CGUUUUCCGGCCGCUGUCUGUUAGGUGUUUUUUUUUUAUUUUGGGGCGCUGCAAUGUUCCUCAUUAAAGGCUUUUGUUUGGGGAUGGUGCUUCUUUCUUUUGGCGCUGCAGCAGCAUCACUUGAAAGUACUGGUGGCUCCAUAGAGCCCAGAAUCGUUGGAGGCUUCUUGGCAGACGCUCGCGACACCAGGCAUCAGGUUUCCAUCCGAGUAAGAUCGAUCGAUGAAAAUCGCUUCGGUAGCGGCCAUUCGUGUGGGGGCAGUUUGAUCAACAAUGUUACGGUUCUGACAGCCGCCCACUGUCUGGUGGACGAUAACGAUCGGCAACUGCCGGCCAGGUACUUUCGAGUUGUCGGUGGAGACCUGAACCGAUUGAUGUUGACGGCCCAAACGGAAAUCCGUAACGUAGCCCGAGUGGUCGUCCAUCAACGAUACAAUCCGAAAAAUUUUGACAACGAUGUAGGAAUUUUGAUUCUAUCAGCGCCGAUAGUAUUUCCGCAUCCGACGCUUGCUCCGAUCAACCUGGCGACAGUUAAACCAAAUCCAUUGGUAAAGUGCCAAACUAGCGGAUGGGGAACCAUGGAAUACGGCGUCAACGCAGCUCCGGCGCAGUUGCGAGCAGUUAACCUCACCUUGCAGCCCACCGAGGUCUGUAAUAAUACGCGGGGCAAUCGGGGGAAUCUUCUUCCGGGCAUGAUUUGCGCCGGCGAGCUGGAAGGUGGACGAGACGCUUGCCAGGGUGAUUCCGGGGGGCCACUGGUUUGCAACGGGCUCCUCACCGGCAUCGUUUCCCAUGGCUAUCGCUGUGCGGAACCGGACGCACCCGGAGUUUACAUGGAUGUGGCAUACUACCGGGAGUGGAUUAGGGCCAAUGGAGCUAGCGUGGUCGGUUCGAUUUUCAAUUUAGUCGCGCUAGUGGUUUGCUUAUCGAUUGUGGCCAUGCACUAGUAUAUGUUUAAGUCUGUAGUUAAUAAGAUAACGAAACUCAA